CACUUUUGCAUGUGGCUGCUGUCCAGAGUGCAGAGCUCAGAUAGUGGCUCUAAUCAUUCAGCUUUGAUCAAGGAGCCAGCCCAGGCUCGUCUCCGGUGUCAGAGUAUGAGAGGAAGCAGUUGCAGACAUAUAGCUGCGAGUUGUGUUAUUUAUUGUUUAUGUGUGUGACAUUAGGCAAAGUUGCUCAUAGCUGGUAAACGUGUAAGAGUAAAUGGACCAUGAACUGCAGCCAGAGGAUGAUGAAUGUGUCUGCACUGCUCUGCUCGCUGGCAUAUUUCAUUCUGACAGUAGACUUAACUUUGGCUUUCCGGGCAUAUCAAGACAUGGAAUUUACAUUUCUGUUACCUGCCGGCCGCACUGAGUGUUUUUACCAAACCACCAUGAUGAACAACUCCAUUGAGGUUGAAUACCAGGUGAUAGCUGGAUCUGGUCUGGACGUUGGCUUUGUCCUCGUCUCACCCGGUGGACACCUGCUGGUCUCUGACUUCAGGAGAUCUGAUGGCAUCCAUAAGGUGUCUCCCACAGAUGAUGGAGACUACCGGCUGUGUUUCGACAACAGCUUCAGCACACUGUCAGAGAAGAUUGUGUUCUUUGGGCUCUUCAUUAGGCCUGAUAGUCAAAGCAGUGCAGACAGACAAGACGGAUGGACAGACAUGGCCACAGUGACAGAGGGUAUGGUGGAGUACAAACUGGAGGACAUCAGGGUGAGUGUAGACUCUGUGUACAAGCACCUGGAGAGGAGUCGUCAGGUCCUGACUGUGCUGCGGGCCUUUGAGGCGAGGGACCGGUAUCUACUGGAGGACAAUCUGUGGCGAGUGUCUUUCUGGUCCUGCAUCAACCUGCUCGUCAUGCUCGCCGUCGCUGCCACGCAAAUCUACACCCUGCGAAGCCUGUUUGACAACGUCAACCGGGUUCACACCUAGUGCUUGCAGAGCAUUCAGUUUUUAUUGACUUUUUAGAAGGAUAGUUGACAUCGUUUAGAAAAUUAGGGAGACGCUUAAAUAACAACCAAAGAGCGGUUGCUUUAAUGUUUAGUGCUGUAACACAUACACAAUAAAUAUAGCACUCGUAUUCAUUAAUGUCAUCGGCAAAGCUGUAAAACCGAAGCUCUUCUUACUGUAUUUUUGUUUUUAUUGAAUUAAAAAUAUUACAUCAACAUUAUCAGGAUCUAUCUACGUAUCUAACAGAGCAGCUCUAUUACAAGCAUCACCAACUAACUGUUUUUUACACCAAGUUUUUAUUUACUUUAAGUAACUAAGCUUAAAAAAAAAUAA